GUAGGCUCUGACGGGUAGGCAAGCUGCGCAGUCGCACAGAGCCCCAGCCACGCCGGCCCAGGUGGCCUCCGGUGAGGGGGGCGGAGCGCACCUGUGGCGACGGGGCGACGAGUUCAAGCCUCCGUGGGUGCAGCUGGCCGCCAGGUAGGGCUGGGGGCCGAGGGACUGGCGUGGGGGGAGCGUGCCUGACCGGUCUUGUCCUCAGCGAGGCAUGCGGAGACGCCCCUGAACGACCAUGGCAUCGGCUGACGACCUGACCUUCCACGAAUUCGAGGAAGCCACUAAUCUUCUGGCUGAGACCCCAGAUGCAGCCACAACCAGCAGAAGUGAUCAGCUGACCCCACAAGGGCACGUGGCUGUGGCCGUGGGCUCAGGUGGCAGCUAUGGAGCCGAGGAUGAGGUGGAGGAGGAGAGUGACAAGGCUGCGCUCCUGCAGGAGCAGCAGCAGCAGCAGCCCGGAUUCUGGACCUUCAGCUACUAUCAGAGCUUCUUUGACGUGGACACCUCACAGGUCUUGAACCGGAUCAAAGGCUCACUGCUGCCCUGGCCUGGCCACAACUUUGUGCGGCACCAUCUGCGGAAUCGGCCGGAUCUGUAUGGCCCCUUCUGGAUCUGUGCCACGUUGGCCUUCGUCUUGGCUGUCACUGGCAACCUGACGCUGGUGCUGGCCCAGAGGAGAGACCCCUCCAUCCACUACAGCCCCCAGUUCCACAAGGUGACCGUGGCAGGCAUCAGCAUCUACUGCUACGCGUGGCUGGUGCCCCUGGCCCUGUGGGGUUUUCUGCGGUGGCGCAAGGGUGUCCGGGAGCGCAUGGGGCCCUACACCUUCCUGGAGACCGUGUGCGUCUACGGCUACUCCCUCUUUGUCUUCAUCCCCAUGGUGGUCCUGUGGCUCAUCCCUGUGCCUUGGCUGCAGUGGCUCUUUGGGGCACUGGCCCUGGGCCUGUCGGCCACCGGGCUGGUAUUCACCCUCUGGCCUGUGGUCCGUGAGGACACCAGGCUGGUGGCCAUGGUGCUGCUGUCUGCGGUUGUGCUGCUCCACGCACUCCUGGCUGUGGGCUGUAAGUUGUACUUCUUCCAGUCGCUGCCUCCGGAGAACGUGGCUCCUCCACCCCAAAUCACAUCUCUGCCCUCAAACAUCGCGCUGCCCCCUACCCUGCCACAGUCCAUGCCCCCCUCCUAGAAAGGCCCGGGUCCCACAGACAAUUCUUCUUUCAGGCAACACCUAAGUGGACCAACCCCUAUGCCUGUCCUGCCCCCCAGAUGAUGACUGAAGGCUCCCUUGACACCUUGAGAUGACUCCGCUACUUUCCAGACUUUUCUUACAAAGCAAACACUUUUAUUUUCUAUGCAAAGGUGAUUCAGAGAAUUUAUAUAAAGGCGGGAGAGGGGCAGCCGAGCAGGGAGCUUUGGGACAGGGCUGGGGCCCCCAUAUCCCCCUGGGCCACCUGCUUUCCCUCUCAUGGCUCCCCUGGACAGGAGAGAGAGCCAAGGGGGCGCUCCAGCCUGGACAGCACCCGCUCCAGCUUGGGUGCACACAUGGCGGGCCUGGGUCUGGGCCUGAGCUCCAGCAUCUGAGUUUGGGGGGGUCAGAAACAGGGAAGCAGAAGGAGAAGAAAACUGCCUGUGCUGCAACACGUUUCCUUGUUUAUUUUUUCUUUUUUUUUUUUUUCUGGAGGGAGAGGUCCCUGCAAGGUCCCUUCCCAGGCAGGGGAGGGACGGAAAUGCCGUCACAGUAGUAGGGACUGGAGCGUCUACAAGGAUGGAGGGGAGCUACUCAGGCCUAACACUAGCUACAAGGAAAAAGGACGCCUUCCGUGACAGAUCUUUGAGGUGUCUGUGUCUGCCCCAAGUGGCCGGCAGUGGCCUUCCCUCCGGGCCCAAGGCCUGCAGCCACCUGCUCUAACUCUGGGUUGGGGGGUGCUGGGGGGACUGCAGGGGCUCGGGGACAGGACAGCAGCAAGAGGCAGGGGCCGAGGACGGAGGCUUUCCCGACAGUGGGGUGGGUUGUACAUUCAAGUGUGAGGUGAACCCUUUGGUGGGGAGGGGGCCCCUGAAGCCUCGGCGGGGCCACCCCUCCCCGCGGCGCCUCUGAGUCUAGGGAGGGGCUGCUGGCUCGGCCCGGCCGGCCUGGCUUCACAGAGGGUCUGCGGAUUGACACUGGUUCUUUUCGUAAAAAAAUAAAAUUAAAAAAAGCA